AUGCUUGGAGUAGAUCUUGGAGGUUCAUUUACAAAAAUGUGCUUUAUUGGAAAAGAUGGAAAUAAGCAACUAUUCUGCAUCCCAACAUUAAUUGAAGAAAUCAAAAAUUUCUUUCAAACAGAUGAAAACGGCGAAUUAAAAAUCGAACAAAUUCAUGAGAAAAUCGAGAAAAUAUGCAUAACUGGUGGUGGAUCCGUUAAAUUCCGUGAAUUUUUCGAGCAAAUUAAACCAAAACCUGUCAAACUCGAUGAACUAGGAACACAAGCUUUUGGAGCUGCUCAUUUACUUAAAGACCGAAGCAAUGUUAAAAUUUUGGGCCCUCAAAUAGAAGAUUUAAUUCCUUGUAUCAUUAUUUCAAUGGGAACAGGCGUUUCAUACUCUGCCCUAUCGAUUGAUAAUAAGGUGAAACAUGUAGGUGGCUCACCGCUAGGAGGUGGAACCUUACUUGGCUUAGCAAAUUUACUGAUUCAAGUAAAUAACUUCGAUGAAAUACUUAGAUUAGCUAAUAUUGGCAAAACAUCUACAUUGGACUUACUUAUCUCAGACAUUUAUGGUCAAAAUUACGGAAAUACUUUAUUAUCUGAUGUUUGCGCUUCUUCUUUUGCCAAAGCAUCAAUAGAACAUAAAACUGCUCCUAAAGAAGAUAUAGCUGCAUCACUCCUUUCUGCAAUUUGUUAUUCUAUUGCAGGUGGAGCUGCAACUGUUGCUAGAGCAGAGAAAGUAACAUCUCUUGUUUUUGUCGGUGGUUUCCUCUCAAUGGAGGGAAGUAUCCCUGAUUCAUUAUAUAAGUCAGCUUCUUUGUUUAACAAAGAAAUCUCAUUAAUUUUCCCAGAGAAUCAUAGAUAUGCAGGAGCAAUUGGUGCAGCCUUGCGAGCAUCAGAACUCCAAUGA